AUGGAAUGCGGUUGUAGGUGUUGUCUAUGGGUGAUUUUAGCUAUCAUCCUUCCACCAUUAGCUGUUGGUUUAUUAGGAGGAUGUACUACACAUUUCUGGAUUAAUAUCAUCCUCUGUUUAAUCUGUUGGUUCCCAGCACAAAUACAUGCAGUAUGGUAUGUAGCAAGCUUUUAA